CUAUUAGCCACAUUGAUGUUUCAGGUUGUUGUUGUCUCUGGAGAAACUGGUUGUGGUAAAACCACACAACUUCCACAGUACAUACUAGAAUCUGAAGUUGAUGCUGCUCGUGGAGCUUCUUGUAGUAUCAUAUGCACUCAGCCUAGAAGAAUAUCUGCAAUGGCGGUGUCUGAAAGAGUUGCUGCAGAAAGAGGGGAGAGUCUUGGAGAAUCUGUUGGCUUUAAAGUUCGGUUGGAGGGAAUGAAAGGGAGGGAUACUCGACUUCUCUUUUGUACCACUGGUAUUUUAUUGCGAAGACUACUUGUUGAUAGAAAUUUGAAAGGUGUAACUCAUGUAAUAGUUGAUGAAAUCCAUGAACGUGGAAUGAAUGAAGAUUUUCUUCUGGUUGUCCUAAAAGACCUUCUUCCUCGUCGACCAGAAUUAAGGUUGAUUUUAAUGAGUGCCACCUUGGAUGCUGAGCUUUUCUCUUCUUACUUUGGUGGUGCCCCGACAAUGCAUAUUCCGGGAUUUACAUACCCUGUCCGAGCACAUUUUCUGGAGAACAUUCUGGAGAUAACUGGAUAUAGGUUGACUCAAUAUAAUCAAAUAGAUGAUUAUGGUCAAGAAAAAAUGUGGAAAAUGCAGAGACAAGUUCAAGCUCUCAGAAAAAGGAAAAGCCAGAUUGCUUCUGCUGUUGAGGAUGCUCUUGAAAAUGCUGACUUUAAGGGGUAUAGUCUGCGGACUCGGGAGUCUUUGUCUUGCUGGAAUCCUGACUCAAUUGGUUUUAACCUCAUCGAGCACGUUCUUUGUCACAUAGUAAAGCAAGAGAGGUCUGGUGCUGUUCUGGUUUUCAUGACAGGUUGGGAUGACAUAAACUCUUUGAAGGAUCAACUUCAAGCUCAUCCUCUCCUGGGGGAUCCUAGCAGGGUUUUAUUAUUGGCAUGCCAUGGUUCCAUGGCUAGCUCUGAGCAGAGAUUAAUCUUUGAUAAGCCUCCAGAUGGAGUUAGGAAAAUUGUUCUGGCUACUAAUAUGGCUGAAACCAGUAUCACCAUCAAUGAUGUGGUUUUUGUGCUAGACUGUGGAAAGGCAAAAGAGACAUCUUAUGAUGCACUAAAUAACACUCCUUGUUUGCUUCCUACCUGGAUCUCAAAAGCAGCUGCUCGUCAAAGAAGAGGAAGAGCUGGUCGUGUUCAGCCCGGAGAAUGUUAUCAUCUAUAUCCCAGAUGUGUAUACGAUGCCUUUGCUGAUUAUCAGUUGCCGGAACUCUUAAGAACACCAUUACAGUCUUUAUGUUUGCAAAUCAAAAGUCUAAAACUAGGAAGCAUUUCUGAGUUCCUUGCCAGGGCCUUGCAGCCACCUGAGCCUCUAUCGGUACAAAAUGCUGUUGAAUAUCUGAAGAUCAUUGGGGCUUUAGAUGAGAACGAAGACUUGACGGUGCUAGGAUACAACUUAUCUAUGCUUCCAGUUGAGCCGAAGCUUGGGAAAAUGCUCAUAUUAGGGGCCAUCUUCAGUUGUCUGGAUCCAAUAAUGACUGUUGUUGCUGGUCUUAGUAUCAGAGAUCCAUUCCUGAUGCCCUUUGAUAAGAAAGAUCUUGCAGAGUCAGCAAAAGCGCAGUUCUCCGCAGAUGAGUAUAGUGACCAUCUGGCACUGAUCCGGGCAUAUGAGGGUUGGAAAGAUGCUGAAAAAGAGCAAUCUGGUUAUGAAUAUUGCUGGAAGAAUUUUCUUUCUGCACAAACUCUAAAAGCUAUGGAUUCUCUCAGAAAACAAUUCUUCUUUUUACUCAAGGAUGCUGGUCUUGUUGAUGAGAAUACAGAAAACUGCAUUAAGUGGAGUCGAGAUGAACAUCUAAUCCGAGCAGUCAUCUGUGCAGGCUUGUUUCCUGGAAUUUGUUCUGUUGUGAACAGGGAGAAGUCAAUAGCAUUGAAAACUAUGGAGGAUGGUCAAGUGCUUCUGCACUCGAAUUCCGUGAAUGCUGCAGUACCCAAAAUUCCUUACCCAUGGUUAGUCUUCAAUGAAAAAGUGAAAGUUAAUUCAGUUUUUCUCCGGGAUUCUACUGGUGUAUCUGACUCUGUGCUUCUCUUAUUUGGAGGAAACAUUUCCCAGGGCGGUCUAGAUGGGCACCUAAAAAUGUUGGGCGGAUACUUGGAGUUCUUUAUGAAACCUUCCUUGUCAGAUAUGUACUUGAGUUUAAAGAGGGAGCUUGAUGACUUAAUUCAGAAGAAGCUUCUAGAUCCCAAACUUGAUAUGAUGUCCUACUACAGACUCAUAUCAGCCGUAAGAUUGCUGGUAUCAGAGGAUAAAUGUGAGGGUAGAUUCGUUUUUGGUCGCCAGGUAGCAGUACCCCAGAAAAAGGCAACCAAAGUGGUAGCCAAGAAUGAAUAUACUGGGGCUCAAAAUGGGGGUGAUAACUCCAAGAGCCAGCUACAAACAUUGCUUGCCAGGGCAGGACAUGGGGCACCGAUAUAUAAGACAAAACAACUUAAAAACAACCAGUUCCGCUCUACUGUUGUCUUUAAUGGCUUGAACUUUUCAGGGCAGCCAUGUAGCAGUAAGAAAGUCGCGGAAAAGAACGCGGCUGCUGAGGCUAUUCUAUGGUUGAAAGGUGAGAAUCAUGUAUCAUCAACAGAUAUUGAUCAUAUGUCAAUGCUCUUAAAGAAGAGCAAAAGCAAAACUCAGAAAGGAAGGACAGUUCAUGCUAAAUGAUAUUAAAUUGACA